UUUUGGUUUAGGGGUUUCGAGAGAAAUAGAGUAAAUAAAUUAAAAAAAAUAAAAAAAUAAAAAGAAAAGAAAACAUAAAAUUGGUAAAGGGGGAACUGUGAUAGAGUGGUACAGAAAGGAAAAUAAAAAAUAAAAAAGAAAUCGAUGAAGAAAAACCCUAGAACCGGGAUCGAGAAGGCUGUGUAGAUGCAUGUCGGCGGAAUAACGUUGGAUCUGAAUUGGUUCCUGCAAUUCAUUUUCACGCUCUUCAUUUUCGCAUUUGUGGCUCUUCGCUUGCUGAAGAACACGGCGUCGAAAUACUUCGAGGUCGACGCCAAUUUGGAUCAGGACCAACCAAUGCCUUCCAUCCCCAUGGAUGCCGAUCACUUCCCUUGCGCCGUAUGCUCUAAUCCCGCCUUCAAGAAGUGCUCUCGUUGCAAAUCCGUUCGUUAUUGCUCCUCAGCCUGCCAACAGGUGGACUGGAAGGAUGGGCAUAAGACAAAGUGCAAAGUAAAUUCAACACAAACUACAACCACCAAACCGUUUUCAGGAGUUGCUCUGGUUCCUGUCAGUGGAACCUCUAAGAUUAUCAAGAAACCAAGAAAGGUUCUUUUCCCAUACGAUGAGUUUGUAAAGCUUUUCAACUGGGAGAAACCAGGAUUCCCUCCAUGUGGACUCUUAAAUUGUGGAAACAGUUGCUUCGCUAAUGUUGUUCUGCAAUGCCUUGUAUCCACUCGACCACUUGUUGCUUACUUGUUGGAGAAAGGCCAUCGGAAAGAAUGCAGACGCAAUGAUUGGUGCUUUAUGUGCGAAUUUCAAACUCAUGUUGAACGAUCAAGACAAAGUUUGCAUCCAUUUUCACCAAUCAAUAUUCUGUCACGGUUGCCUAAUAUUGGAGGUAAUCUCGGUUACGGAAGACAAGAGGAUGCUCAUGAAUUCAUGAGGUUUGCUAUUGACACUAUGCAAUCAGUUUGCCUUGAUGAAUUCGGUGGAGAAAAAGCUGUUGACCGCAACUCUCAAGAGACAACUCUUAUUCAGCAUAUAUUUGGUGGUCAUCUGCAGUCUCAGGUGAUUUGUACUAAUUGCAAUAAGAUUUCAAAUCAGUAUGAAAAUAUGAUGGAUUUGACUGUUGAAAUUCAUGGAGAUGCUUCAUCAUUGGAGGAAUGCCUUGACCAGUUCACCGUUAAAGAGUGGCUUCAUGGAGAUAAUAUGUACAAAUGUGAUGGCUGCAAUGACUAUGUUAAGGCAUGGAAGCGCCUUACCAUACGAUGGGCUCCUAACAUUCUUACAAUUGCCUUGAAAAGAUUUCAGAGCGGCCGAUUUGGAAAACUCAACAAAAGAGUCAGCUUUCCUGAGACGUUAGAUCUUAGCCCUUACAUGAGUGAGAGUGAAGAUGGGGAUGAUUCCAAUAUUUACAAACUUUAUGCGGUUGUUGUCCACGUGGAUAUGUUGAAUGCAUCCUUUUUUGGUCAUUACAUCUGCUAUACCAAAGAUUUCUCUGGAAACUGGUACAGAAUUGAUGACUGUAAGGUUGCGAGGGCUGAAUUGGAAGAGGUACUUUCUCAGGGAGCAUAUAUGCUUUUAUAUAGCAGGGUCUCUGCACGCCCAUCGUGUCUUAGAACCUCUGGAAUCAACUCUGAAGCAGAUCAUUGCUCAAAGGAACAGAUUGAAUAUGUGCCUGGAAAAGAGUCCAUUAGCUCUCCCAGUCGCCGUUUGUCCCUGUCAAUGAAUGGUAGUUUGCAUUCAGAAGUCCCUAGACGUGAAAUUGGGUCAUCUAUUGGAAUGAAUGUGGAUGUUGUUCCUGGACAUGAGAAUGGUGAUGUGGCUAACUCAACACCAUCUCUUUCUAAGGAAGUUUCGUCCAAAGAGAAUGGAUCGUGUUUCCAGAUUGAUUUGGGAGCUAUCAGAACAAACGGUCAAGAUAGGGAUAGUGUUAAUUCUAUAGCUGUGAGAGAAAAUGUGGAGAACAUGGACUGGACAAGUAGCCAGCCAUGUUCUUCUAAUACAAAGGAGGUUCCCAGCUGCGAUAAAGAUCUGAGUUCUGAAGCUGAAAGAGAGGCAGAAAAUACAAGGAUGGUUGAAGUGAAGCCGCAAUAUUUACCGGUUUCAAAAGAAAUAAAAAGCUGCGAGCAAGAUCCUCUGGUAGCGAUCAAUUAUGUAAAGGGAGAUUCAGAAGACAUAAAUAUGGCGAAUUCUGAAUCAAAUUCUUCUAUAGCAGGGGAUAACAGCCUGAAACAUGAAGUGUUGAUACAGGGUUCAGAAACUUUUGGAAGGGAAUGGGGUAAAGAGAGCUGAAAUUGCAGAUGGCAGUUUACAAUAAUUGGGUGCAAUUUCUAGUUAAAUCAUAUUUUUUUUUAUCUUUAUUUUUAAAAAUUUAAUCAUCAUCCCAUGAUCAAAAGGAAACGGAUGAAGGUGGUGGGUGGGUUCUUUAUCUGGGGUUUCAUUAUUUACAGAAAUCUUAGAUGCUAUUGUACCAAUUUUUAGAUGGUUCAUAUAACCAUUUUAGGUUGACAAUGACAUAAUGUAAGAAUGUGGUUGCGAUUAUUAGCUAUUUAUUUGCUAAUAAAUUUAGAUCAGCCCUUUAAUUA